ACAUACUUUCCCUUUCCUUCAAAAAGCUUUUUUUCUUUCAAUCAUCUCCUUUUCAGACACCCUUUGGAUGUUCUUUUGGCAAGUUCAUGCAACGUGAAGUCAUUCCAUCCUGUUUUCUCUACUGUUGGAUCCAAAGAAUCUUACCAACAUGGAAAAUGAAUAAUACAAGGCAAAAUAGACAAUCUUUUGAAUGCAAUAAGCAGCUUGUUCAGAUAUCACUAGGGGAGGAAAUGAAUCACACAAGGCAGGACACACAAUCUAAUAAAUGCAAGAAUCAAUGCAGGCCUGUUGGCAGUGAGGCAUUCCCAGAAAUUCUAACUUGGAAAUGCGCCCUUUAUGGGGUCCUGUUGCAGAAAAUGUAUGUGAAACAGCAGCUGGAUAUCUCAAUGAAUGUCAGAAUGAAAGCUUAAAUUUUACUACUAGUUUAAGAUUUUCUACAUGUAAUGGUUAUCAAAAUUUAUUUUGCAAGUUUUUAGAGGAUUGUUUAUUCUUUUUCUUUAUUAAGCAUUUGCAGAGCAUGACUCGUGAAUUACUGGCCUGACUUGAGAAAAUUUUCUGUAUAAAUCCUCCUGAGCACUUCUGGGCCUUAAAGGGUGGGGUUGGUGUAGGUUUUAUUUUCAAAUCUUACGUAUAUAAAAAAAAAAAA